AUGCAGCUUGCUGCCGCCAUUUCCCACCUACAGCUCGGGCUCUCGAACUUGCGGGCGGUCAUCCAGGACAACCCGCUCGGGGAGGCCGAGAGACGUGAGCUCAGGGAGAUAGGAUGCGACCUGCAACAUCUGGCAACCGUCGCCUGCGAGCGCGUGGCGCUAGCAUGCGAUGCUCCGAGGCCCGAGAUUCAGACCUUCGAACUCGAGCAGGAAACCUUUGAAAGGAUGCCAGAUGUGACCUGCACUAUCGGCCUCCAAUUGGAGAAUCAGCAAUCCUUUAAGCCGAGCGAGCAUUUCACGGACGUGGCGGUCGACAAGUUCCCGUCCCUCCGAUCUCAGCAGCGCGCGGAGAUGUCGCCAAAGGCCCGGAGGGCUUCUUUGGACUCCCGGGCGAGCGAGGUCAGCGAGGGCGAGUCUGACGCCGAGCACGGUGAGGAUAGUACUUACACGUACUCGGCCGCCUCCCACAUCUCACGCGGGACUGCAGAUGACGACAACUUCGAGGAGGGCCCUGGGCUUCACCAAGCGAUGCAGAAUCAGCGGGAGGUCCUCAUGGGCCUCUUCAAGCGGCUCGAUACCGAUGGCUCUGGGGUCAUCGACACCGAAGAACUGCAACGAGCAUUGAGAUCCGUGGGACAGCACCCGGCACGUGCUCAAAAGCUGAUCGCCGCGGCCGAUGAAAACUGCAACGGCAAAGUGGAGAUCGACGAGUGGAAGAACGUGGUGAACCGUUUGGUGGCCGGCAAAGGUUCCGGCGCGCUCAAGGUCUUCGCAAGUGCGCUGAUGGAGCACGAGUACGGCAAGUAUGGAGAGCGGAUACAACACUCAUCGACCUGGAAUUGGGACGAGAUACGCUGCAAGCCUUGGCGUUGGUUCUUGUCCUGCCAUUCCAGCACUCGGCUAGCUUGGGAUGUGCUCUUGCUGGUGCUUCUCUGCUACAUUGCGGUGGUUUUGCCCUUCACCCUUGCGUACCUGACCGAGAACGGUAUCCACGGCUACCUCAAUGUCGGCAUAGACGUCUGCUUCCUCUUCGACAUCUUCCUGAACUUUCGGACUACGUACAUCAACGAGGCUGGCGAAGAGGUGCGUAGCAAUCGGCUCAUUGCCAAGAACUACCUCACCUCGUGGCUGCUUGUCUUGCAAACUUUGGCUUCGGUGCAACACUUGUGGUUGUUUCUGGACAAGCACCAUGCCAGCCUGGCAGUUGCGGUGGCCGGGGGUGUGGAGACGAUACUUGCAGAAGGGGCCUGGGAAGUGUUAUCGGAUUCACCAUGGAAGUCCUUGCCACGGUGA